AAAGGAAUCUGCUCUGGUCACGACUCACCGCACCGUUUGUGUACGAUUUUAUUUACAUUUUGACAAAAGCGGAAUUAAAAUAUGAUUAACACGGGAAAACUUGCUGGACGAACGCUCUUCAUUACGGGCGCUUCGAGAGGGAUCGGAAAAGCGAUCGCUUUGCGAGCCGCUCAGGAUGGAGCGAACGUGGUGGUCGCGGCCAAGACGGCCGAUCCACACCCGAAACUACCUGGCACAAUCUACACGGCGGCCAAAGAGAUUGAAGCAGCCGGUGGUAAGGCGCUUCCCUGUGUGGUCGAUGUUCGCGACGAAGCUGCGGUUCGCACGGCUGUUCAGAAUGCGGUGGCCAAAUUUGGUGGAAUCGACAUCGUGGUCAACAAUGCGAGUGCAAUCGCGCUCACGCCCACCGAACAGACCGACAUGAAGCGGUACGAUCUGAUGCACCAAAUCAACUCGCGCGGUACCUUCCUCGUCUCUAAAGAAUGCAUACCCUAUCUCCGGAAGAGCAACCACGCGCACAUACUGAACAUUUCGCCGCCGCUCAACAUGGCACCGCACUGGUUCAGCAAUCACGUGGCCUACACAAUGGCCAAAUACGGUAUGUCCAUGUGUGUCCUUGGCAUGGCUAAGGAACUUGAGGCGGCGAACAUUGCGGUGAACGCACUGUGGCCACGAACCGCCAUCCAUACUGCGGCCAUGGAGAUGCUCACCGGCAAAGAGAGCGAUCAGUUCUCUCGCAAACCGGAAAUAAUGGCUGAUGCCGCUUACGCCAUCCUGUCCAAGGAGCCGCGCCACCAGACGGGCAAGUUUCUGAUCGACGACGAGGUGCUGCAGGCGGAAGGCAUCACCGACAUUAAACAGUACGCGUGCGUGCCAGCGAACGCCGACAAGCUGAUGCCGGACUUUUUCCUCGACGUUGCCCCGGAGAAACUGGUAGAAUUUGCGGCAGAGGGCAGCCACGCGGCGUCGCUUAAAAAGCCAGCGGCGGCUAGCGAAGCUGGUAAAAUUGAGGGACUAUUCCAGAAGAUCGAGAGUUUACUGAACGAAGAGAUCGUGCGCAAAACGGGUGCCGUGUACGAGUUCAAGGUGAAGGGGGAAGAGGCCGGCAUCUGGUUCGCCGACCUCAAGUCUGGGACGGGUAAGGUCGGAAAGGGUAGCCCGCCGGCCACGGCCGAUGCGGUGCUGACUAUGGACUCGAAGCACUUCUUCGACAUGUUCACGGGCAAGCUAAAACCGGCGAACGCAUUUAUGACGGGCAAACUGAAGAUCUCCGGUGACUUGCAGAAGGCGAUGAAGCUGGAGAAGCUUAUGGGUGGGCUGAAAGCCAAACUGUGAGUGUGGGAACCUAGGGAACUCAGGUAUUCAUCAAGGAAUAAAAUACUUUUUUCGUA